AAAGGGUUAAGUAAGAAUACAUGACAUCGAGAGGAGGAAAGCCUGGACUCUACCGGCGCGGUUAUUUGCUGCAGGUUUUUCGCUAUCAUUAAAUUAGGACAUGGACUGCAGUUGUAUGGCCAACUUGAGAGGAGGGAACGAUUAAAGGGUCCGACUAAAUGAGAUAAAGGCGCGUGGUUAGCGGGCGUUUCUGUUUGUCGCCACACGGACGGAUCGGUUGAGCCGUAAUAUCAGCGGAGGACGAGGCCACGGGCGCACUGUUCAGCAAUACCACGAAAUGGUCACGUCUAUUCUGGGAUUUCUUAUUCUGCCAAUAUGUCUGUGUGGAUAUGUUCGAGGGACGCAGACACAGUGCGAGCCCUCGCAGUUCCAGUGUGGGAAUGGCCGCUGCAUCCCCUCUGUGUGGAAGUGUGAUGGAGACGAGGACUGCUCAGACGGCAGCGACGAGAACACCUGUGUGAGGAAGACCUGUGCGGAGGUGGACUUUGUUUGCCGGAAUGGCCAGUGCAUCCCCAAGCGGUGGCACUGCGAUGGGGAGCCGGACUGUGAAGAUGGUACCGACGAGAGCAUCGACCUGUGCCACACCAGGACGUGUCGAGUGAAUGAGUUCAGUUGCGGCACCGGCUCCACACAGUGCAUUCCCGUCUCCUGGAAGUGUGACGGAGAGAAGGACUGUGACAACGGAGAGGAUGAGGUGCUCUGUGGUAACAUCACCUGCGCUCCUCUGGAGUUCACCUGCGCCAGCGGCCGCUGCAUCUCUGCCAACUUCGUGUGCAACGGCGAGGACGACUGCGGCGACGGGAGCGACGAGAAGGACUGCCCCCCAUCGUCCUGCGGCCCGAGUGAGUUCCAAUGCGGCAACGCCUACUGCAUCCCCGGCAACUGGGUGUGCGACGACGACGUGGACUGCCAGGACCAGUCGGACGAGGCGCCGCAGCGCUGCGGGCGGCCCACCCCGCCGGCCAAGUGCUCGUCCAGCGAGGUCCAGUGCAGCUCGGGGGAGUGCAUCCACAGGAAGUGGCGCUGCGACGGUGACCCCGACUGCAAGGACGGCAGCGACGAGAAGAACUGCCCUGUCCGCACCUGCAGGCCAGACCAAUUCAAGUGUGAGGACGGCAUCUGUAUCCACGGCAGCCGGCAGUGCAAUGGCAUGAGGGACUGUGCAGAUGGCACUGAUGAAGUAAACUGUAAAAAUGUGACCCAGUGCAAUGGCCCAGACAAGUUCAAGUGUCGGAGUGGAGAGUGCAUCGAGAUGAGCAAGGUGUGCAACAAGGCCCGCGACUGUCCCGACUGGAGCGACGAGCCCAUCAAGGAGUGCAAUCUGAACGAGUGUCUGCUCAACAAUGGUGGCUGUUCCCAUAUCUGCAGGGACAUGGUGAUUGGUUAUGAGUGCGACUGUACUCCUGGCCUGCAGCUCAUAGAUCGCAAGACCUGUGGAGAUAUAAAUGAAUGUCAGAACCCUGGGAUCUGUAGCCAGAUCUGUAUAAACCUGAAAGGAGGGUACAAGUGCGAGUGCCACAGUGGGUACCAGAUGGACCCCACCACGGGAGUCUGCAAGGCUGUCGGUAAAGAGCCCUGCCUAAUCUUCACUAAUCGGCGGGAUAUCCGUAAACUGGGGCUGGAGAGGAGGGAGUACACCCAGAUCGUGGAGCAGCUGAGGAACACUGUGGCCUUAGAUGCUGAUUUCACCCAGCAGAAGAUCUUCUGGGCGGACCUGGGGCAGAAAGCCAUCUUCAGCACGUGGCUAGAUAAACGAGAGGAGACCUCGAGCCAUGUCAGGGUAAUAGAAGAUGUUCAGAUGCCCGUAGGGAUUGCAGUGGACUGGAUUUAUAAGAACAUCUACUGGUCGGAUCUGGGCAGCAAGAGCAUUGCAGUGGCAAACUUCAACGGCACCAAGAGGAAAGUUCUGUUUGGCAGUGGCCUGAAGGAGCCAGCCUCCAUAGCUGUGGAUCCCCUCUCAGGGUUUUUGUACUGGUCUGACUGGGGUGAGCCAGCUAAGAUUGAGAAGUCUGGGAUGAAUGGAGUUGACCGGCAGGUCCUGGUCGACACAGACAUUCAGUGGCCCAAUGGAAUCACUCUGGAUCUGAUCAAGAGCCGCCUCUACUGGGUGGAUUCUAAGCUGCACAUGCUCUGCAGUGUCGACUUCAAUGGCGACAACCGCCGGAAAGUACUUCAGUCAUCGAACUACCUGGCUCACCCGUUUGCCCUCACUGUGUUUGAGGACCGGGUGUUCUGGACAGACGGAGAGAAUGAGGCAAUUUAUGGUGCAAACAAGUUCACAGGAUCUGACGUGACCGUUUUGGCCAGCAAUCUGAAUGAACCUCAGGACAUUAUAGUUUAUCAUGAGCUAAUUCAACUCUCAGGAACUGACUGGUGCAACGAGAAGCAAGAGAAUGGCGGCUGCUCUUACAUGUGCCUGCCAGCGCCGCAGAUCAACAAGCACUCUCCAAAGUACACGUGCGUCUGCCCCGAUGGCUGGAAGCUUGGCUCCGACGGCCGGACGUGUAAACCAGCCAAUGCCUCAGCUGCCCCAAAGGAUGCUGGGAAGGCACAGUCACCCUCUGCUCCCCCUCAAGAAUGGCCCUUGCAUACUCCAAACGAACAGAACGGCAGUUGUAAAUCUGCUGAAUGUGGUGGUAGUCAUUUUUUUCACACAAUAAAAGAUGGGAAUGUCAGUGCAUCCAUGCACGAGGUCAGCUCUUCUGCUAAAGGAUCCGCAGCUGCGUGGGCCAUUCUGCCUGUCUUGCUUUUGGCAAUGGCGGUUGCUGGUGGUUAUCUGAUGUGGAGAAACUGGCAAUCGAAGAAUAAGAAAAGCAUGAACUUUGACAAUCCAGUGUACCUGAAGACCACAGAGGAAGACCUUAACAUUGACAUCACCAGACACACGGCUUCUGUCGGACACACGUACCCAGCGAUAUCCGUGGUAAGCACAGACGACGACCUUUCCUAACCCACCCCUCUUCAGUGUUCUCACCUGUUUACCAGUGACUGCUGCUCUAGCAGAGCUACAACCAGAUGCCUUCUGGAGUGCAUUAUGUUGUAUUUUUCUUUUCUUCUGAGGGAGAAAAGAUGAAGGAACAUUUUUUGAGAGUAUGUUGAAUUGCUCCCCACCCCUCACAGUGCGACAAGCAUUUAGGAAUCACGGUGUGUUGGAUUUACCUACGUCAACUGUACCCUCUGCCCACUUCCAAUGCCCCACAACACUUCCUGUCUAAGGUUCAGCGUCUCAGAAACGCGGCUGAAGACCCCCCACACUUGUCUCUGCGCUAAUCUGCGCAUGUGAAUAUUUGAGAGAGGAAAUGGAUAUUUUAGGCACCCGUGUCAGUAAGGUGUUUCGUUUCUCUUUUUUUUUUUUUUCAUAUGAACUUUACCUCCUAGCGUGUUCUUAUAAGGCUUUUCAUGUGUGUUUGUGUGACAAAGGCAAAAAGGAGCUUUAUAAGGCGAGUGCGGUCACUCCAUUUGUAAAACAGUGUACAUAAACGUCCCUCAGCGGAGACCACAAGGAGGGCUCUGAAGCACUUUGAUCAAAUGUUCCUCUGUAAAUAAGAUUGUAUACAUUUCACUGAAUCAAUUUUGCUAUGAUGGGGCAAACUACCAGGGGUAAGGAAAUAAUGUAUUUAAAGAAGUAAAAAAAAAAAGGAAUUUGUUAAAAUAUUUUGUAUGUUUGUGUGCUGUACCUGUGACCUUUUCUAGCAUUGUACAGGGAAACAACAUGCUCUGUAUUGUGACGGGGGAUCAUAUUUGCAAAUAGAUUAAAUAAAACCUGACAAGGUUAUUCAAACUUGA